CUUGUCGUUCGCCAUGUCGCCCCGCAUCUUUUCACAAGAUCUAAAUCUGGUUCUCGUCCACCCCGCCGCUCACCACUCUCAUAUAUCAUGGUAAAUACACCAGACAAUAUCUCGGGACCUGAAAUCUCGCAACUCUCUGGCAACAGUAGUACGGACUCGAGUGAGCACUGGGGGUAGCUUUCCUCUUAGAAUUGGAUAUCACGACUUUCGGGACGGAUAGCUUGAACUCGAUGCACAGCUCUUACCAGCAAAAUUUUGGCCCAGCAUGUAUGGUCAUUUUUAUCUGUUUCUUCUCUAGCGAGCUAAUCCCAGUCUGGAAGCUUCCUCUCCCCAGCAGUCCUCAUCGAGACCUGAGAACCACUCUCGGUCGCAGUCUCAAUCCUAUGAGUCCAGCACCAUGGAUCUGACGGACAUGCACCCGCCUCAAAGCCCUGACUCAUUUCACUCUAGCUCCAUACAGGGCCAUUCAAGUUUUGGUCAGAAGCCAAGGGAGGUUGAGAUAAAAGAAGAGCAGGCAAAGCUGGAGAAGAAGAUUGUGAAGCUGGAGGUGAAGAUGGAGAAGAAGGAGGUUGAGUGGAAGUUGGAGAGGGAAAGGCUGGAGAAGGAGUGGAAGGAGGAGAGGGAAAAGAAGGCUGAUGAGUGGAAGUUGGAGAGGGAAAAGCUGGAGAAGGAGCGGAAGGAAGAGAGGGAAAAGUUGGAAAAGAAGGUGGAUGAGUGGAAGUUGGAGAGGAAAAAGCUGGAGAAGGAGCGGAAGGAGGAGAGGGAAAAGUUGGAGAUGAAGAUUGACAAGAAGGAGGACAAGAUUGAAAAGAAGGAGGAGGAGUGGAAGGAGGAGAGGGAAAAGUUGGAGACGAAGACCGACAAGAAGGAGGAGGAGCUGAAGGCAGAGAGGGCAGAAUGGAAAGCAGAGAGGGAAAAGCUGGUGCAGCAGAUCGAGGCAUUGAAGAUGGGGCACAUUCAGAGCGGGUCAAUUUCUGUCAGUGAUGACACCUUGGUUCUGAACUCUACUUCGGUGACUUGCUAAGCUCCCUCUUUGGUUCCAUUCGCUUUCCCUGAAUCCAUUCAUGUAGGUAUCAUACACAAAUGCAGCCCAAUGUAGAUUACCUAGUAUAUUGCACAACACUAGUACUGCACAUAUAAACAUUGUUUUAAUUGCAGCCCUCCUCGCAAUAA